AUCAUCACCAGAUCGGCCGGCCACUCUUUGUAGUCGUCAACGACGGAAACCGGCAGCACUAUGAUCUGGAGUGCCAUAGCUGAGAAAACCAGGCUGCAGCUUCGCAAUCUAACCGCAAAACAACCUGCAUCGGAAAACAAGCCCGAGUUUGACGAAUCGAACCAAUCAAUAUAUGAAGCAAAUUAGAGAAAGCCCCCAAGUCGCGAGUGGAACCACGGCAGAGCUUCAACGACCUGAUCCAGACAACAACCAUCAGCUAGGCGCUAUCAUCCAUUCCAUUCAGUCCAAACUGCCGGCUCACUGUCGGCUUAGACAAACGAGAUGGCUCGGCUACGCAAAGAAUCCUUUAGCGAUGACGACCUCGAGAUUUUGAGCUCGCAGGCAGCUAGCAUGUCACUUGGCCCCGCCUCCCAAGCGACGCCUUUGAGGCCAACCAGCAAACCAAACAAGUCAGUUGUUGACCUGACGGAUAGCCCUAUUCCGGUCAUCAGGACGCCGGGAGCCGCUACGCCGACGCCCAGCUUCGGCCACCCAACACAAUUGGCCCCGCGGUUUGGCCAGCGAGCAAACGACCCUAACCACAUGUUUAUCCAGCGCAAGACCCGUCCAGAGUUUCACAGCGACAUGUAUAGGAGUUCAGGUCCCCUGAAACCCAAGACCGAGUCGAGGAAAGCGCCAGCCCUGCCCAUGUUCAGUUCCAUCAGCGGUGACGCUCAGCCAGCCUACCAGUACACCCAGCCCCCGGCAUCGUCGUAUGGGGAUAAGGUUUUCUACACGGAUCCUGCCAAGGCUUCGGCCGAUUUGAAAGCCCUCCUCGAGGGCAGUAUGGAGGAUGAGGAAGACAACGAGGAACCCAGAGUUGGAGGAGACAAGCUAAAGAAGGGGACAAUCGAGGACGGCACGCUGGAGGGCAUCAAAGUGAAGCUCCUGCCUCACCAAGUGGAAGGUGUGAAGUGGAUGCGCGGGAGAGAAGUUGGGCCGCACAAGAAAGGGAAAGUCACCAAAGGAGGCAUCCUGGCCGAUGACAUGGGCCUUGGAAAGACGCUGCAGAGUAUCUCCCUGAUCGUCAGCAAUCCGAUGCCUAGUCCGGAAGACGAGGGGUGGAAGCCGCACUUCGACCACGUCAAGAAAGCGACACUGGUGGUCGCACCACUGGCUCUCAUCCGGCAGUGGGAAGCUGAGAUCAAGGAGAAGGUGGAUAAGAGCCACGAGCUCCGAGUCUGCGUCCACCACGGCCCUCAGCGGACAAAAGACCCCAAAGUACUGGCCAAAUAUGACGUGGUCAUCACUACCUACCAGAUCUUGGUAUCUGAGCACGGGAACAGCGAUCCAGAUCCGUCAAGGGCGCCUCAGGCGGGCUGUUUCGGCAUCCACUGGUUCCGCGUCAUUUUGGACGAGGCACACAGCAUCAAGAACCGCAACGCCAAAGCCACCAAGGCUUGCUGCGCUCUUCGUUCCGAGUAUCGUUGGUGUCUGACCGGUACGCCAAUGCAGAACCACCUCGACGAGCUUCAGUCACUCGUCCACUUCCUCCGAAUACCCCCCUACGACGACCUAGCCGAAUGGCGGGCAAAUAUCGACGGUCCAAUGAAGAGUGGCAAGGGUCACAUUGCCAUCCGGCGCCUACACACUCUCCUCCGGUGCUUCAUGAAGCGGCGGACCAAGGACAUCCUCAAAGAAGAGGGCGCCCUGGUAGCAGGCGGCAAGAAGGCGCUCGAUGCUGCCACCGCCAAGGCCAAGGAAGAAGGCCGGGAGGAAGCUGACGUGCCGAAGCCGGCAUUCCGGGUCACGCAGCGCAAGGUGGUCACGGUCGAGACGCAGUUCUCCGAGGCCGAGCGCGAGUUCUACGACAAGCUGGAGGAGCGCGCCGACAAGAGCCUCGAGAAGAUGAUGAAGGGCAAGUCGGUCAACUACGCCAACGCCCUGGUGCUGCUGCUGCGUCUGCGCCAGGCGUGUAACCACCCGCGCCUUUCCGAGACCAAGAUCGACAAGGACAGCGAGGCGUUGGUCGCGGAGACUGUGGCCCAGCCGAAGAAGGCAAGCGCCGCGGAUGAUAUCGAUGACCUGGCCGAUGCCUUUGGGGGGAUGGGCAUCCAGGCGAAGCAGUGCGACAUGUGCCUGAACGACCUGAGCAAGCAAGAGGUUGCCGAUGGGCUCAUGCGCUGCACCGAGUGUGUCCAGAGCGUGCAAAAGGUGACCAGCGAGAGCCCUCGGAAGAAGCCAAAGAGGAAGAAGAAAGUUAGUGUCGUAGAGGAGGAGAUCAAGAUCGAGAAGACGACCAAGCGGAAUCCCAGAAACCGCAAGAUCAUCACUGACAGCGAUGAUGAGGAAGAAGUGAACGGAAGCUGGUUGGUGCCUGAGGACCAACGUGGCUCGCUGCAUCUUGGCAAGGCCGGGGGUGAGGAAGACGAGAAUGCGGAGGGCGGCGGAGAGGAUAUCGCGUCUGAGGAUUCUGAUUGCCCUUCCGAAGACGACGGGGAUGAGAGCCAACUCGACAGUUUCAUCGUCAAGGACGACGGCGCAUCACAAGGGGAACAACCAGAAUCCGGUUCCGACUCUGGCUCGGACGACGCCACGUUUGUGUCUGUAUCUAAGCUCCACUCACAGGUCGUCUCCGAGCCGAGAGUCGACAGCGGAGCCGACUCUCCCGGCGAAGCAGACGAAGGCAUCUCCGAGUCCGAGCUCCUCUCCGAUUCCACCUCAGACGACGACUUACCAAUCCGACGCCGCCGCCAAGGUGUCACCAAGCCCAGACCGUCCAACACCAUCAUGACCUCGGCCAAAAUCCGCGAACUCCUCUCCAUCCUCCGCAAAGAAACCCCGUCCCACAAAUUCAUCGUCUUCUCCCAAUUCACCUCGAUGCUCGACCUGAUCGAGCCCUUCCUGCGCUCCCAACCGGGCCUCAAAGCAGUCCGCUACGACGGCAAGAUGGCCAACGACGCGCGCGAGGCCGCCCUCCACGCCCUGCGCACGGACCCGCACACGCGCAUCCUGCUCUGCUCCCUCAAGUGCGGCUCUCUGGGCCUCAACCUGACUGCCGCCACGCGCGUCGUCAUCGUCGAGCCCUUCUGGAACCCCUUUGUCGAGGAGCAGGCGAUUGACCGGGUGCACCGGCUGACGCAGACGGUGGAUGUGGUGGUGUACAAGCUGACGGUGGCGGAUACGGUGGAGGCGAGGAUCUUGGAGCUGCAGGAGAAAAAGAGGAAGUUGGCUGAGGCAACGAUUGAGGGGGGAAUGAGGACUGGCGGGAAGGGUAAGAAGGGGCAGCUUGGGUUGGGAUUGCAGGAGAUUUUGGAGUUGUUCAAGCAUGACGCGAGGAGGUCACUUGGUGGAUCCGCGGAUGGUGAUGGUGAGGAUGACGGUGGGGAUCUGAAUGCGGAUGUGGUGGUCAGGGAUGUUAGGGCUAUGAUUGGGAGGGGGAGGAAGGGGGCUGGGAGGAGAGGGCGGGAGCAUGAGGUUUAUGGACGGCGGUGGUAA